AUGCAGGAUGAGACAGCUGGGGAACCGGACCGGUUCGUCUACGUGUACAAACAAGUACGCAAACACAUUAUACCGGAUGAGUUUGAAAUGUUCGCUAUCGGCAUCACGUCGACGCUUACUAAGUUCUUCGAGUCUCAGUUCGGGAUGGCGUCAGCGUCCAUCGCCUACCUUACCGGGCCCAUCGUGCUCGUCGGCGGCGGCUUCGGCGCCAUCAUCGGUGGCGCCCUGGUGGGCCGCUGGAACCUGGACUACGCGGGCAUAAUGCGCCUCUGCAUGUACAACUGCUGCAUCUCGUGGUUCGGCGUGCUCGCUUUCCUUUUCAACUGUCCGGAGAACACCUACGCAACGCCCGAGGGAUACGUAGGCGCACCGAAACCCACGAGUUUCGACUUCCAGUGCAACAUCGCGUGCAACUGCACGCUGAGCUACGUGAACCCAGUCUGCGCCGCUGAUGCCGUGGUCUACCUGUCGCCGUGCCUUGCAGGCUGCCGCAGAGAGCUUCAGCUCAACAAAAUGAUGAUGUACAGCGACUGCUCAUGCGUGAACGGCACGCUGACCCACUUGGCGGGCGUGAGCACCGAGCGACUCCUGGUCGAAGGCGUGCAGGCGACCCGUUCUCGCUGCCACGUCGACUGCCCUCUGCUCUUCGUCUACCUACUGGGCAUAUUCCUGGCGCUCAGCUCGGCCUUCCUCAACGCAGCGCCCGCCACGGCGGCAACCAUCAGGUGCGGGCAACCGGUCUGGGUCCUCUUUCACCCGUGGUGA